AUGCGCCCUCGAUCAAUCUAUCAACUCAUAACGGAUCGAUUCGCCUUGCCUAACGGAACGACCUCCUCAUGCGGUACCGCUCCGUCAGGACUCUAUUGCGGGGGUACGUAUACCGGAAUCAUCUCUGAACUCGACUACAUCCAAGGCAUGGGAUUCGACACCAUUUGGAUCUCUCCUGUGGUCGAGAAUAUAGGGGGCAUGACACAAUAUGGAGAAGCGUAUCAUGGGUAUUGGACAUUGAAUCCAGACAAUUUGAACGAUCACUUUGGUACGGCAGACGAACUCAAGAGUCUCUCAAAGGCAUUACACGAUCGAGGGAUGUAUCUCAUGGUUGAUAUCGUUAUCAAUCACGUCGCAGCUACCUCAAGCUCGGGCUUCGUCCCCAAUCCCGCCUAUGGUCCGUUCUCCAAACACAGCGACUAUCACUCCUUCUGCUGGGUCAAGGACUACAACAAUCAGACAAACGUUGAGGAUUGUUGGCUUGGCGAUAGUGAAGUGGCUCUUCCCGAUCUCAAUACAGAAUCCCAGCAUGUCAUUGACUACUGGUACGAUUGGGUCCCUAAACUCGUUUCAAAUUAUUCCAUCGACGCGCUACGGAUCGACACGGUCAAGCAUGUAGAUAUGGCAUUUUGGCCAGGAUUCACUCAAGCCGCUGGAGUCUAUUCCGUCGGAGAGGUCUGGAACGGGGAUGCAAAGUACGUCGGGGCGUAUCAGAAGGAAGGAAAAGUCAAUCCUCUCAAUUACCCGAUCUAUGACCCUCUGGUCAAGGCAUUUCAGGGUUCCGAUGGAAGCAUGGAUGAUCUGGUCAGUGGAAUCGCGCAAGUCAAGGAUAAUUUUGUCGAUCCCACAUUAUCUGGAGUAUUCCUGAACAAUCAGGACAACCCGAGGUUCGAAAGUUACACACAGGAUACGUCGCUACGAAAGAAUGCCGAAGCCUAUGCGCUGAUCGGUGACGGAAUCCCUAUCGUCUAUUAUGGUAGCGAGGCUGGAUUCAAUGGUGGCAAUGAUCCCGAUAACCGGGAGCCCUUCUGGCCUGCCGGCUACAAGACUGACACUGACAUGUAUGGCUUCUUCAAGUCUUUGAACGCUGCUAGAUCAGCGGCUGGCGCAGCGUCUUCCUCUUUCUACACGACUCAGAUGAGCGUAUCUGCCUUGUCAGACAACGAGAUCCUCAUUGUCAAAGGAUCUCUGGUUUCGGUUCUCUCGAAUCGUGGGUCGAGUGGAUCCACUGCUUUGGUUCUACCAUCGAAAUCGACUUCUUUCCCUCCCUCAGCGCACGUAGUGGAUGCCGUCUCCUGCGACAGCAUGACGACCGAUCAGGACGGUGAUCUCAAUUUACCCAUUACCAAUGGCCUGCCUCGUGUCUUGUUACUUGCAGAACAUCAAGGCCCGAAAGUGUGCCCUGGAGGGACGAAUGAACUGAGUACGUUGGAAUCAAAGUCUAUUCUCAAUCGCAAUUUACCGGGUCAUCUUCCAAUCUUGAACUUUUUGUCUUUGGGGAUCAUUGGCUUUAUAUUGACGUUCUGGUGA